AUGGAAUAUUUUCGUUACUAUCGUAGUUGGAUGUACGAUAGAACGUUAUCAGGCAGACAUGGACUUACACCAAAAUUUGAGGAAAGAGUUAAGGGGUUUAUCACGCGGGCAUUUGCACAAGAAUGUUGUCGACGUGAAGGAGGAGUAAGAUGUCCUUGUCUUAAAUGUGAAUGUAGACGUAUAAUUAGUGACUCAGAGGAAGUAAAACGUCAUUUGAAGAGGAAUGGUUUCAUUAAAAAUUAUUGGGUUUAG